CUCACUCCUGCUCUUUACCAUCUUCCCUGACCCGGGGAUACAAUACUCUUUUGUAUUUACUACCUCGGCUGGAGUGGUACCCGCAAACCAAGUACCCAAUGUGCUAAGUGCAUCUAUCUAUCCCCAUUAUACAUUGGGACUUGAAAAAUGACACCCACGUGGGCCUGCAGCUUCUGUGGACCCACUGUCAGCUUGACUUGGCCAGGAUUCUUCUUAUCCCUGGGCCCUACACGUUCCCAUUUAUCAGGGUCUUCGGGUAGCAAUGUUAACUCAAAUCCCUUGUCCAAUUAUAGUUUUGCCCCAGUUCUCAAAAUGUCUAGGUAUUCCCUUUUCCCCAGUCUACCGUCACUCAAGUAAAUGGCCAUAGGUCUUUUUGGGGAGGACUGCAAGAAGAAUUACUGAACAUACUUGUCAUAGUGUUGCAGGGUUCUCCCUUUGGGGACCUGGUUACUUUUUCAGUCUUUGGAUUCCAGAUUGGAAAACUGACUCAGAUUCACAAACCGAGCAAGAGCUUAAGGCUUUUUAGUGGGGCACCUGCCUUUGGCCUCUUACUCACAAAUUCCUGCUCUUCUUUAUUAUACUCGUAUACUAUAGUAAGCAAUACCCUGGUUGGCUUCCCAUCUACUUUACCCCUUGGAUGCCAGACUCUACUAAUCAUCAACAUAACGCUCUGUGGAUCAGGCCCCCCUGGCUACCACUCUCAUCUGUCGGUCAUUAUGAAGAUUAUGACUCCUGGCUUCAUGCAGUUGUAGAGUGCUGCCACCUGGUCCCCACUGCUUCAGGCACCCAUCACAUGUCCGUUGCUAUCAGACAGUCAAGUCCUGUGAUCAUGCUCCUGCCAUCAGUGCUGGCCUGCAGAGGGGAGCCCCGACGAAUCUUCUCUGUGUUGUUGGUGCUUCUCUGACCAACAUAUUCCUGCUGACUUUGAUGGAUGAUAUAGGCCUUCCCACGAACAUGAUCACCAGGUAUCUUUCCUCCUGCCUUAAAAGCAGCCUCGGUCUGCGCCAUCUUUAUAAUGCAGAAAUAUCUUGGGUUAUUAGCUCCCAGUCACCUUCACAUCACCUCUGUUCUAAAUCUUGUCAGAAAUCUUUGCUCAGUUUACAUCUUCAACAAAAUAAGUCCUCCUGCCAAUAUAGCAUAAAGGGAGAGUUUUGUCCAAACUCAUAGAUACAAAGAAUAAACUGAUGGUUACCAGAUGGGAGAGUGGUUGGGGGUGCGGGAAUAGGUGAAGGGAUUAAGAAGCACAGAUUGGUAUAUAUAAAAACAGUCAUGAGAUGUAAAGUGCAGUAUAAGUAAUAGAGUCAAUAAUAUUGUAAUAACUGUGUAUGGUGCCAGAUGGGUCCUAGACUUACCCAGUGAUCAUUUCACAGAUUAUAUAAAUGUCUAAUCACAUGUUGUACACCUGAAACUAAUAUAAUAUUGCUUGUCAACUAUAACUGAAAAAUAAAUUUUAAAACUAUAAAAAAUAAGAUAAAAAGACAGCAAACAAUGAAAGAUUUUGGUCAUUUCUCCAUCUGUAAUCAUUGAGGACACACCCGGAAUACACACUCACUGAUUGGCUUCCCAGCCCAGCCAGUGAUAAAUCAAACCAGUCUGUCCCCAGGUACCUGGCACUCCUCGUACCCGGAUUCUCAAGUUCAUUCUGAUUAAUUUACGCCGCCAUCUUGUGUAUCUGGUUAUGCCCAGAUGGCAUUCAUCUCAGUAGCAGUCCUGCAUCAAGGACAAAGCAUUUAAUAUGGGCCAAAGGGCUGAGAUAUAAAUACCCUUGAGUGCACGAAGAAAGAAGACCAAAGCAAUUAUUAUGCCACUAGCAGUUUUUUAAAUAGAGCCAACUAUUUUGCUUCAAGACAUUUAGACUGAGUACUGGACUAAAACCUUAAUAAAGAUUGGGUAAGGAGAAUGCUUUUCUAGGUGAGCCUGGGUUUAAUUUUAUUUUGAUUAGGCACUCAAAAAAAUAAGAUUUUCUGUCACAUAAAUAUGUGUCUUUUGGAGGAAAAUAGUCAUUCAAUAUCUGUAAGUAAAUAUAUAUGGAGGAUUCAUAAUACUAGUGAAAAAGUAUGCUUAAUGUGCAAAAUGUACUAAAUUAUCACAGGUUUUGGAAAAAAUAUUAAAUAACUUAGGCUAAAAAAUUAGUUCCCCAAACACACUUGUCCAUUUUAGGGCACCUUGCUGGAACUAUGUUUGGUUUUUUUUUGUAUAGUCAGCAUUUAAAUCUCUGCUCAGAGACAAAUUUGGAAUAAUUUUAAAUUUCCCAUUGAUUUACAGAGUAACUCUGUAAAAUUGAAAUUAUUGUUUAACAAGUUUCACCCUAAAUAUUUUGAAUAGUAAACUUAGUUUUAUGCAUUAGUCAUUCCUCAUCCAACUUAACAUGUUUUUCCCCUGUUUAUAAUACCUUUUAAAUUAUUUACUUACUGCAAAUUUUUGUCAGAAGGGGGCUAUCUCCCUCCUCUCCCUCUGAGGACCCUCACUGGGCAUCCAUGGAAGUUUCCAGAGUGGGGUUUGGUUUUUCCCUUGUGAAAGAUCAUGCCCCGCCCUGGUUACCUCCUUCAGUUUUGCUAGAAAGUGCCCAGGACUAUCACGCUGCACAGCGGUGGAUCAGAGAGGAAAGGGGAGGAAUAAAACCUAGAAAAGUUUGAGAAAGUUUCUUUAAAUACUUCAUGCACACCUGUGAAAAAACAGAGUAGAGCCUAUCUGUGGCAACUGUUCAAAACCAGAGAAACAAAAAAAGGCUUUAGUAGAAAACCAACUUCAUUUAAAUGUUGGAGGCAGCAGCUUUGUUUGGAGUUUUAAUCCCAUGCUAGUGGAUGCUAAUUCUGUAACAUUAUACAGUUGCCUUUUUUUUGGGUACAAAGGUAGAAGGGGGGUUUUCUUUUGUGUUUUUCAGUGCAAAGCGAUUCCGAUCAGAAAAGCUCAAGGUUUCAGCUCCAAGUACCUGACAUUUCCAUCUGAAUCUACUUUUUUUUUUUUUAAGGGGGGGAAAAAAAGGUCUAGUUUUUCAGGAAAAGAACCUCUCUACGCAAUCCUGAAACUGAUCUUUAGAUUUACUUUUCCUUAAUCAAUAGAAAAAAACUUGAUUGCAACUCAACACUUAUCUGACUCUAGCGCAGGACUAACUGAAUUUUUGGUUUUAAGAGUAGGGGAUUCAGACAUCAUUUCAGGAAUCAGAAAUAAUUGGCAGCAAGUGGGGGAGAACUGACAUGAAUUCUUGUUUUGCCUAAUUUUUUCCUGGUUUACCAAGAUUUGGCUUAAUAUUUCUGACUCAAUUCCUCCAGUCUCUACAGAACAGGUUAGUGACAUUUUUCAUAAAUACAUAUAUUUAAAUGAAUCCUCCUUACUGCUCUCUGAACUGUUUCCCUAUGGGCUCAAGUCUUAAACGCACACAGCAUCUACCUCUGCUAAAGCUGUGUGAUCUCUGCAAAAGUCUUAGCACCAAUUUCAGCAAAGCUGACUAAUAUUUAUUAUGUGCUUGAGUUUCAGUGUGUAUGCUUGACCAUUGAAGAUUUACAAUAAAACUCUCAUAGGGUAGGUUCACUAAUUUUUCCAUGAAAUUUUGGCUGAAGAAUUAGGAUAGCUUCAACUAAUAAGAGGAGGAUUUUUGUGUGUAAGAAUACUGUCAGAAGCAAACUUCACCGUCUAUCCAUGCACUUAGUUCUAUGCAAGUGUAUGUAUAACUUGGAGCUCGCAUAUGUGUUUGCAUCUCAGCUUUACGGAACAGCAUUGACUGUUCAUGUUGCUAACAGUAAAGCAGCCAGUUCAACUGAUAGUACUAAAAUGAAAACAAGUUCACUUCUGUGAUGUUCUUUAAGUUGCUGGAACUAAUUACUUGCUUGUGUGUUAGGUUCUAUUUAUAUUGUAAUUCCAAGGAGUAACCCGGCAUGGUUCUUCUUUAUUACUAAUGUACCUAUCAUUCAUUUCACUAUGGAAAGUCAGUGGACAGUCUCAUACUACGGGUGAAUCUGGUCAGCACUUCAAAACCGUGGAUUGGCUCCAUACUAUAGAGAAGGAUGAAUUAUUCAUCAUUACUUAGAAUUUGGGUCUCUUUCAUCUUCGCACUUGUACGGCAUCAAGUUCAGCCCAGGGAGCUUAUGUAUCCAUUUUGGCAGAAUGACACCAAAACCCCCAAAGUAGACGACGGAAGCUCAUCUGAGAUUAAAUUGGCCAUCCCCAUUUUCUUCUUUGGCGUUCCUUACCGCACUGUCUAUGUCAAUAACAAUGGAGUUGUCUCCUUCAAUGUACUAGUGAGCCAGUUCACGCCGGAAUCCUUUCCCUUGACGGAUGGGAGGGCCUUCAUUGCCCCAUUUUGGGCAGAUGUGCACAAUGGCAUUCGAGGCGAGAUCUAUUACAGAGAGACCAUGGACCCUGUCAUCUUGAAAAGAGCCACCAAGGACAUCAGGAAGUACUUCAAAGACAUGGCAACCUUCUCUGCCACUUGGGUUUUCAUUGUGACAUGGGAGGAAGUCACGUUUUAUGGAGGGAGCAGCACCACACCUGUGAACACCUUCCAGGCCGUCCUAGUGUCUGAUGGCUCCUAUACAUUCACGCUCUUCAAUUAUUAUGAAAUCAACUGGACCACUGGGACAGCGAGUGGCGGUGAUCCCCUGACGGGUCUGGGAGGAGUAAUGGCACAGGCAGGAUUUAAUGGUGGAAACCUCACGAAUUUCUUCAGCCUCCCUGGGUCAAGAACCCCUGAUAUUGUGAAUAUCCAGGAGACCACAAACGUCAAUGUUCCAGGCCGCUGGGCAUUUAAAGUUGAUGGGAAGGAAAUUGACCCAGCCAAUGGCUGCACCUCCAGAGGACAGUUCCUUCGGCGAGGGGAGGUGUUUUGGGAUGACCUGAACUGCACCAUCAAGUGCCGCUGCCUGGAUUUCAACAAUGAGAUCUACUGCCAGGAAGCCUCUUGUAGCCCCUAUGAAGUGUGCGAACCGAAAGGCAAAUUCUUCUACUGCAGCCCCGUGGAGACCAGUACAUGCGUGGUGUUUGGGGAGCCUCACUAUCACACUUUUGAUGGCUUCCUGUUUCACUUCCAAGGGUCCUGUGCCUACCUGUUGGCACGGCAAUGUUUGCAGACUUCCAGCCUCCCCUUCUUCAGUGUGGAGGCCAAGAAUGAACACCGUGGGGGCUCAGCUGUCUCCUGGGUGAAGGAGCUCUCUGUGGAGGUGAAUGGCUACAAGAUUCUCAUUCCCAAAGGAAGCUAUGGAAAAGUCAAGGUUAAUGACCUAGUGACUUCUUUGCCUGUCACCUUAGACUUGGGGACAGUGAAAAUCUACCAGAGUGGCAUGUCUACUGCCGUGGAAACGGAUUUUGGGCUCUUAGUGACAUUUGACGGCCAGCACUACGCCUCCAUUUCCAUCCCAGGCUCCUAUAUAAACUCCACGUGUGGACUUUGUGGGAACUACAAUAAAAACCCGCUGGAUGAUUUCCUCCGCCCGGACGGCAGGCCAGCCAUGUCUGUCCUGGAUCUAGGAGAGAGCUGGCGGGUCUACCAUGCUGAGUGGAAGUGUGACUCAGGCUGUGUGGACAACUGCACCCAAUGUGAUGCUGCCACUGAGGCCCUCUACUUUGGUUCUGACUACUGUGGCUUCCUCAAUAAGACGGACGGCCCCCUGUGGGAGUGNAUACUAUCUCUCUGUCAAGCCAUCCAGGCCUACGCUCUUGUGUGCCAAGCCCUUGGCAUUCCGAUUGGAGACUGGCGACUCCAGACUGGGUGUGUGUCCACGGUGCAGUGCCCGAGCUUCAGCCACUAUUCCGUGUGCACUAGCAGCUGCCCCGACACAUGCUCGGAUCUGACGGCCUCUCAGAACUGCGCCAUGCCCUGCACGGAGGGCUGUGAGUGUAAUGAAGGCUUUGUCCUCAGCACCAGCCAGUGCGUCCCGCUGCACAAGUGCGGCUGUGACUUCGAUGGCCACUACUAUGCCAUGGGGGAGUUCUUCUGGGCCACAGCCAACUGCACAGUGCAGUGCCUAUGCGAGGAGGGGGGCGACGUGUACUGCUUCAACAAGACCUGCCGCGGUGGGGAGGUGUGUGCUGUGGAGGACGGCUACCGAGGCUGCUUCCCCAAGCGAGAGACUGUGUGCCUGCUCAGCCAGAACCAGGUGCUGCACACCUUUGACGGGGCUGCCUACGCCUUCCCCUCGGAGUUCUCCUACACGCUGCUCAAGACCUGCCCCGAGCGGCCCGAGUACUUGGAAAUUGACAUCAACAAGAAGAAGCCCGAUGCAGGGCCUGGUUGGCUACGAGGUGUUCGGAUCCUGGUGGCCAACCAGGAGGUCAAGAUAGGAGGAAUCGGGGCUUCAGAAGUCAAGUUGAAUGGUCAGGAAGUGGAAUUACCUUUUUUCCAUUCUUCGGGGAAGCUGGAAAUUUAUCGAAAUAAAAACAGCACGACAGUAGAGUCCAGGGGCAUUGUGAGCGUCCAAUACGCAGACACAGGUCUGCUCUACAUCCGGCUCUCCACCGCUUACUUCAAUUGCACCGGGGGCUUGUGUGGCUUCUUCAAUGCUAAUGCCAGUGAUGAGUUCUGUCUCCCCAAUGGCAAGUGCACAGACAACCUGGCAGUGUUCCUGGAAAGCUGGACAACUUUCGAGGAGAUCUGCAAUGGGGAGUGUGGGGACCUACUGAAGGCCUGCAACAAUGACUCAGAGCUGCUCAAAUUUUAUCGGAGCCGCUCCAGGUGUGGCAUCAUCAAUGACCCCUCCAACAGCUCCUUUCUAGAGUGCCAUGGGGUGGUCAAUGUCACUGCCUACUACCGCACCUGCCUUUUUCGCCUGUGCCAGAGCGGAGGCAACGAGUCAGAACUUUGUGACUCUGUGGCUCGGUAUGCAAGUGCUUGCAAGAAUGCCGAUGUGGAGGUGGGCCCCUGGAGAACUUAUGACUUCUGCCCUCUGGACUGCCCGGAGAACAGCCAUUUUGAGGAAUGCAUGACGUGUACAGAGACCUGUGAGACCCUGGCCCUGGGCCCCAUCUGUGUGGACAGCUGCUCUGAGGGUUGUCAGUGCGAUGAGGGCUAUGCCCUGCAAGGCAGCCAGUGCGUCACCCGGAGUGAGUGUGGCUGCAACUUUGAGGGGCACCAGCUUGCCACCAAUGAGACCUUCUGGGUGGACCUGGACUGCCAGAUCUUCUGCUAUUGCAACGGCACAGACAACAGCGUCCAUUGUGAGAGCAUCCCCUGCAAAGAUGAUGAGUACUGCAUGGAGGAGGGCGGCCUGUACUACUGCCAGGCCCGCACCGACGCCUCCUGCAUUGUCUCGGGCUAUGGCCACUACCUGACCUUUGAUGGCUACCCCUUUGACUUCCAGACCAGCUGCUCGCUCAUCCUGUGCACCACAGGAAACAGGCCAAGCUCAGACACUUUCCCCAAGUUCAUCGUCACAGCCAAGAAUGAAGACCGGGACCCGUCACUUGCCUUGUGGGUCAAACAGGUGGACGUGACCAUGUUUGGCUACAGCAUAGUGAUUCACAGGGCCUAUAAGCACACGGUGCUGGUCAACAAUGAACGGCUAUAUCUACCCUUGAAGUUGGGACAAGGGAAGAUAAAUAUCUUUUCCUUUGGCUUCCAUGUGGUGGUGGAAACUGAUUUUGGCCUGAAGGUUGUGUAUGACUGGAAGACCUUCCUGUCGAUCACAGUCCCUCGGAACAUGCAGAACAGCACCUAUGGCCUGUGCGGCCGCUAUAAUGGCAACCCCGAUGAUGAUCUGGAGAUGCCCAUGGGUCUUCUUGCAUCCAGUAUCAAUGAAUUUGGGCAGAGCUGGGUGAAAAGGGACACGUUCUGCCAGGUUGGCUGUGGGGACCGCUGCCCUUCCUGUGCCAAGGUGGAAGGUUUCUCAAAGGUACAGCAGCUGUGCAGCCUGAUCCCCAACCAGAAUGCUGGCUUCACCAAGUGUCACAGCAAAGUCAACCCUACCUUCUUCUACAAGAACUGCCUGUUUGACUCUUGCGUCGAUGGGGGCGCAGUGCAGACUGCCUGCAGCUGGCUGCAGAACUAUGCCAGCACCUGCCAGACUCAGGGGAUUGCAGUGACCGGCUGGAGGAAUUACACUUCUUGCUCUGUCACCUGCCCUCCCAACAGCCAUUACGAGAGCUGCGUGAGCGUCUGCCAGCCCCGCUGUGCUGCCAUCCGCCUGAAGAGCGACUGCAACCACUACUGUGUGGAGGGUUGUCAGUGCGACGCAGGCUACGUCCUCAAUGGCAAGAGCUGCAUCCUGCCUCACAGUUGUGGCUGCUAUUCAGAUGGCAAAUAUUAUGAGCCUAAGCAGCUGUUCUGGAACAGUGAUUGCACGCGGCGAUGCCGCUGUUUCCGGCGCAACUUGAUCCAGUGCGACCCACGCCAAUGUAAGUCAGAUGAGGAGUGCGCGCUGCGCAAUGGGGUGCGUGGCUGCUUUAGCACCAAGACCUCCUACUGCCUGGCGGCUGGUGGCGGUGUCUUUCGCACCUUCGACGGCGCCUUCCUCCGCUUCCCUGCCAACUGCGCCUUCGUGCUAUCCACCAUCUGCCAGAAACUGCCUGACAUCUCCUUCCAGCUCAUCAUUAACUUCGACAAGUGGUCGUCCCCCAACCUCACCAUCAUUUCUCCCGUCUAUUUCUACAUUAACGAAGAGCAGAUUCUCAUCAAUGACCGGAACACUGUCAAGGUGAAUGGCACACAAGUGAAUGUUCCAUUUAUAACUGGGUUGGCAACCAAAAUCUACAGCAGUGAGGGGUUCCUGGUGAUUGACACCAGCCCCGACAUCCAGAUAUACUACAAUGGUUUCAAUGUCAUAAAAAUCAGCAUCAGUGAGAGGCUACAGAACAAAGUGUGUGGCCUCUGUGGCAACUUCAAUGGGGACUUAACUGAUGAUUAUGUGACUUUGCGGGGAAAGCCCGUGGUGAGCAGUGUGGUGCUGGCCCAGAGUUGGAAAACCAACGGCAUGCAGAAGAGCUGCAAUGAGCUGCAGUUCUCACAGUACGCAGCCAUGUGUGAUAAUGUGCACAUCCAGAAGAUGCAGGGCGAUGGCUACUGCCUGAAGCUCACGGACAUGAAGGGCUUCUUCCAGCCCUGCUACGGGCUGCUCGACCCCCUCCCCUUCUACGAGUCCUGCUACCUGGAUGGCUGCUACAACCACAAGAAGUACCAGCUGUGUGGCUCCCUGGCUGCCUACGGAGAGUCCUGUCGCUCCUUUGGGAUCCUCAGCACUGAGUGGAUUGAGAAGGAGAAUUGCUCAGGAGUGGUUGAAGAUCCCUGUGUGGGGGCGGACUGUCCCAACCGAACCUGUGAGCUGGACAAUGGAGGCGAGUUAUGUGGUUGCAUCGAGCCACCCCCCUAUGGAAACAACUCACAUGACAUUAUUGAUGCAGAGGUGACCUGCAAGGCUUCCCAAAUGGAAGUGUCCAUAUCUAAGUGCAAACUCUUCCAGCUUGGCUUUGAGAGAGAGGGCGUGAGGAUCAAUGACAGACAGUGCACUGGCAUCGAGGGGGAAGAUUUUAUCUCCUUUCAGAUCAAUAACACCAAAGGGAACUGUGGAAACAUCGUGCAGUCCAAUGGUACUCAUAUCAUGUAUAAAAACACCAUCUGGAUCGAAAGUGCCAACAAUACCGGCAACAUUAUCACCAGGGACCGGACGAUCAAUGUGGAAUUUUCAUGUGCUUAUGAGCUGGAUAUCAAGAUCUCCUUAGACUCUGUUGUGAAGCCUAUGCUCAGUGUCAUUAACCUGACAGUUCCAACCCAAGAAGGCAGUUUUACCACCAAGAUGGCACUCUACAAAAAUGCCUCCUACAAACAUCCUUACCGCCAGGGUGAAGUGGUGUUGACAACUCGAGACGUGCUGUAUGUAGGGGUCUUUGUGGUUGGAGCCGAUGCCACACAUUUGAUCCUGACGCUGAACAAAUGUUAUGCAACCCCCUCCCGUGACAGCAAUGAUAAGCUCCGAUAUUUCAUCAUUGAAGAAGGGUGUCAGAACAUUAAAGAUAACACCAUUGGCAUUGAGGAGAAUGGUGUCUCCCUAACCUGUCGCUUUCACGUCACAGUCUUCAAGUUCAUUGGGGAUUAUGAUGAAGUUCAUCUUCACUGCGCAGUGUCACUCUGUGAUUCAGAAAAGUACUCCUGUAAAAUAAAUUGCCCACAAAAUUCCAGGAUCGCCACAGAUUAUACCAAAGAGCCCAAAGAACAGAUCAUUUCAGUGGGACCUAUCAGGAGAAAAAGGCUGGACUGGUGUGAGGACAAUGGAGGGUGUGAGCAGAUUUGCACAAGCCGAGUAGAUGGGCCUCUGUGUAGCUGUGUGACAGGAACCCUGCAGGAGGAUGGCAAGAGCUGCAGAGCUUCUAAUUCUUCCACUGAACUUCAAGUCUGGACACUUCUUCUCAUCAUCACCCAGAUUUCAUUAUGGCAUUUUGUCUAUAAAUCAGGCAUGACCUCAUAAUUAACUCAAGGUUGCUAUAUAAAGUACUGUAAUUUACUUACCCAACUCCCUGUAGGAUAAAAUGUGUGUGCCCUUAAGUCAAAACCUAUUUGAAAGUGUGCAGCAUCUCAACGCCAUGCCACCUGCCUCAAACGGUCAGAGAUCUGGAAAUGAGUGGAAUUCCAAGCUCCUCUUUCAAAGUACACAACAGGGCUUCUAAAAGCCAGUUGUGGAAAGCAUAUAUCUUGCCUAAACUUUCCAAACAGUUGUCACUAGAAACUUUGGUUCACGUAAAUAACCAGUAAAGGAAAAAAAAAAAUCUGGCUAGAAAAGUCUGACUGGAAAUCUGACCAGAGAAAUCUGUCAAACCAGUGCUGUUUCUGGAUCAUAGUUUUUACAAAGAGAGGGCCUAUGGAACAAUAUUAAGAAGCAGUAACUGGGAGGUUUGACUCCCUCUGAAGAAUCUUUCCGACGUUUGGACGUGUCUGAUCUAUGAUAUGCAUGUGUUGCUUCCUUCUCUUUAUAAUGGACUCCUUCCCUAGCCCCGUGUCCUUCAACCUUGCCAUGGCAGCUUGGUCACUGGGUAUAUUGUUUGCAGCCCUGGGAACCCUGCCCCCCGUAACCCCUCCCCUCAGACUCAAUCCCUUCUCUUUUACAAAUCAACCAAAUAAUUUUUAAUGUGUUUUAUGCUUAAAUAAACUUUGUGUUCAAGUAUUCUCA